AUGAAGUCCGUCCGCGCCGCGUUCCAGUCCUCCGGCAUCAUCCCCGACAUCCUCACCUCCAUCAACCCCAAGACCGAACUCCAGGUGCUCUACGGUAACAUCCCAGAGAACCUCGGCAACACCUUCACCGCUGCGCAAACCCUCCAAGAGCCCACAAUCUCCUCCCCCCCCGAACCCCUCCACCCCCCCUCCACAAAAUACACCUACAUCCAACUCGACCCCGACGCCCCGGGGCCCUCCCUGCCGCUCCUGCGCUCCUACCUCCACCACACAAUCUACAACCUCCAGCCCUCCUGCGUCUUCGCCCAGUCGCCCGUAACUCAAGCGCGCUACAUGCCGCUGACUCCGCUCUCCGUCGCCCCGCACCGCUACGUCUCGCUACUCUUCCGGCAGCCCCCCGGAGAGUACAAGCCGCCGGCGCUGAACCUCGUGGAAGACGUCGCCCGCGCGCCGUUCGAUCUGGCGGGGUACGUGCAGCAGGCGGGGCUGGUGCUGGUGGCCGGGAACUUUAUGAGGGAGGGGCUCGGGAGCAGUGUGUGUGCUUUGGUGCCGGGAUGUACGAGCUCUGGGGUGGGAUAUGUCGGGCCACAGAAUGGGACGGCGUUGAGGACGGAUUUGUUGAGUGGGAUUUUGAAUCUGUUGCCGGUGAAGGAGUAG